AACCUAAAAAACAGAAGACUCAUUAUCUAUCGCCGAUCAGAGGAAGACUUUUAAAAGGGAAUUUUUUUAUAUCAAAGUCUCUGGUCUCAAUCGAAAGGGGCAAACAAGGAACAAGAUGGUGUUUUACUUCAAAGCCCGACCAGAGGCUGGCGAUUACACCAUCUUCAUGGGUCUCGACAAGUACGAGAACGAAGAACUCAUCAAAUACGGUUUCCCCGAAGACGUUUGGUUUCAUGUGGAUAAAAUGUCUUCAGCUCAUGUUUAUUUAAGAUUGCACAAGGGUCAGACUAUUGAUGAUAUAAGUGAAGGUGUUUUGGAAGAUUGUGCUCAGCUUGUCAAAGCGAAUUCCAUUCAAGGCAACAAGGUGAAUAAUAUUGAUGUUGUUUACACUCCAUGGUCCAAUUUAAAGAAAACUGCUUCCAUGGAUGUUGGCCAAGUUGGUUUCCACAAUUCAAAAAUGGUUCGCACUGUGAGGGUGGAAAAGCGGAUAAAUGAGGUAGUUAAUAGAUUGAACAAAACAAAAGUGGAAAGGAAACCUGAUUUAAAAGCUGAGCGAGAAUCAGCAAAUGCCGCAGAAAGAGCUGAGAGGAAACUCCAGCUGAGAGAUAAAAAACGGCGUGAGGAGAUGGAAAGGCUUGAAAAGGAGAGACAGGCAGAGAUAAGGAGCUACAAGGGAUUGAUGGUGUCCGACAAGAUGACAUCUAACAAACAGAUUGCUUCAGAAAGUAAGUCCUUGCAGGAACUGGAAGAGGACUUUAUGUAAGCACACGAGUGUCAAACUGCUUCGUAAGAGCAGGAAAACUUACUGCCAUAGAAAGAUGGAAUUUUCCAUUCAGAAUGUGAUGCUAGGCCUUCAGUUAUUUUCCCUUGUGAAUAAAUCACCUCGGUCCUAAAUGUGGAACUCAUAGGGUGCUAGUAACAAAA